AAGAAGAAAAAUAAUAAUUUACUCCGAUUCAGUAGGUGGCAGUAUGCACCUAAGCACGUUGGUUUUUGAUUGAAGAAGAAGAAACUAACUCAGCUGACACGUGAAUUAAAGCACCCGAUUUUUGACUUAAAUUAUUUUUUGACGAGUUUUAUCGUGAUUUGUUUAUCACAUUCGGUCAAAUAAGGAAACGUUGUUUUAAUUUUCAGCUUUCCGAUUUAAUUUCAUAUCAGCUGCUUCCUGGUUCGUUAGUGUUGUAGUAAGUCAGAGGCGCGAGACGCACACUAGCUGAGGUCAGUUGAGUUGAGUUUUGAAACGCGCGCAGGCCAUGGAGACUCCCGUGGAGGAAGACACCGUGCAGCUUCAUGGAGACGAGGAAAUCAUCGAAGUUAUUGACCUGAACGACACAGAACACGCAGCCACAGAUGAUCUUGCUGAGGAAUUGGAAGAUGUGGAUUUCAACGAAGCUGAAGGAGCUGCAGAUGAUGAAGGCUGGGAGACUGAGGAUGAGAUGGACGCAGAGCAGGAUGACAGCGAGCUCACUUUCACAAAACACACCGGUUCUGUUUUCUGCGUCAGUUUGGACCUAGUAACAAACAACCUGGCCAUCACAGGUGGUGAGGACGACAAAGCUUAUGUAUGGAACGUUCUCAAUGGAGAGGUGGUGUUUGAGUGUACAGGUCAUAAGGACUCUGUUACAUGUGCAGCAUUUAGCCAUGACUCAAAGCUGGUGGCAUCCGGGGACAUGAGUGGUCUGAUUAAAGUGUGGAAAGUUGAAGCCAAAGAGGAAAUCUGGUCUUUUGAAGUCGGCGAUCUAGAGUGGCUGCAGUGGCACCCCUGUGCUCCAGUGUUGCUUGCAGGUACUGCCGAUGGAAAUAUGUGGAUGUGGAAGAUACCAAGUGGAGAAUGUAAGACCUUCCAGGGACCUAACUGUCAGGCAACAAGUGGAAAAAUCCUUCCUGAUGGAAAAAGAGCAAUGGUUGGUUAUGAGGACGGGAGCCUGCGUCUAUGGGACCUUAAGCAGGGCAAUACAAUCCAUGUCAUUAAAGGACAUGAUGGCCACCAGGGGCCACUGACAUCGAUGGAGUGCAACAAGGAUGGAACCCUGGUUCUCUCAGGAUCAACAGAUGGACAGGCUAAACUCAUUAACACAUCCACAGGCAAGGUACUGGGUUCAUUCUCCAUUGAGAACAGCGAAGAGAAAAACAUGAUGGAAGAAGAGGAGUCCAUCUCAGUGGAGUCUGUAGGAUUUUGUAAUGUGCUACCUCUGAUUGCUGUGGCAUAUCUAGAUGGAACUUUGGCCAUAUAUGACUUGACGACGCAGAGCCUUAGACACAAGUGUAAACAUGAGGUUGGAAUCGUACAUGUACAGUGGGAGCAGGACUCGGCAGUCGUGGCUACUUGUAAUCUGGGUGGAGUUGUGACACUGUGGGAUGCUCGCUCAGGAAAAAUCGUAGCUGAAUAUCGUGGUCACACAGCAGAGAUUCUGGACUUCACACUCAACCGAGAUGCUUCAAUGGCUGUGACAGCAGGUGGGGACCACAAAGCCAAAGUCUUCUGUCUUCAGAGGCCUGAUCGAUAGAACAAGAGUGACUUUCUCCAUGGAGUAAAACAACCAGUUAGACUGUUUUUACAUCCACAGAAAGUGGUUUUGUCCUCUAACUAUGAAUGCUGAAUUCAGCAUUCCUGUUUCUCAUGUUUGAGAGUUUUUACACAAUUAAAAUUGUAAUUUGGUGAUUACAGUUAAAACCAUAUAUUGGUUGUUGGGCUGUCUGGUUUUAGAAGACAUUCUUGGCCCUUUUUUUUUGUGGAUAAGCCAUUCAGAAUUGCUUUAUUUGUGUAAUCUGUAAUGUUUAUUGGCAUUGCAUUUUAAUUAAAGAUUAAUAAGAUUUUCCAGUCUGGCAUGACGAAGCAAAAAUAAUCAUCAGAAGCUUGUUCACCUCUGAAUUCUUUUUGUCUUUUUAAGGCAACCCAGUUUGUCUUGUUAUUGUUUUCAUGUAGUUUUCACUUAAACUUAAAAUAUAACUAAAAAUAAAGCAAAACUACUCCAAGUGUUUCUUAUUUUUUAGAAAUAACGCAGACAAAUUUUACAUUUUCUUGUUGCUCUGUACUGCAAAGAACAAAUGCAUCUACUUGAACUUCUAAUAGAUGACUCAAGCAGUCGGAAAAAAAAUAUUAAGGGUAAACGUUUUCAUAAAUUCUUAAAUAAAAAGUAUUUUCAUGUUAA